AUGGCCAUUAAGAAGUCAGCCCAGUGCAGACUGGAUGCAGAAGAAAACAUCUAUCACCUGAAGAUCAAGUCACAGGAGCUGUUUGAUGAAUGGGUGUCUAAGCUACGCCACCAUCGGCUGUAUCGUCAGAAUGAGAUUGCUAUGUACCCCCAGGAGAAGGCUUACUACUACCCCCACUUCCCCCCUCCCGGGUCCCCCGGUGUGGCUGAUAGAAUGCGGCAUGUGUCUCUAGCCAGGCAGGCAUCGGUCCAUGCUGCAGGUAGCUUCCCUGUGACCUGUACCAGCCAAUCCAAGGUGGCCGCCUGGCUGCAGUCCUCAGACGACAUGAACAAGUGCUCUAAAGACAUGUCAGUGUGUGAGUCCUACCUGUUGGAACUGAACCAUCUGCUACAGAGUAUGGAGGUCAUCCACCGCACCUACUCAGCUCCAGCCAUCAACGCACUACUGCAGGCUUCUACAUUUGACACCCCCAAAAAGGAAAAAAGGCCCCCAAGGAAAUGGCGUGGUUCUAAAAACUAUGGCAAAGAUGUGAAAACAACACUGCAGGUUCCCAGUUGCAUCUCAUCUGGCUCCGUCCGUCUCCACGCCUCCAACCCCAACCUCUCUACUGCAGCCCUGGGGACUGCGAAGGCCUACCCUGAACCUCCCUAUAUGGACUCUCCUAUAGACGUAGCCAAACUACAGGAGGACUUCUGCCGCGUCGCUAACAACCUGUAUGCCACCAUGAAGUCAGCCCUGAGCGCUCUCACCUCUGAGAAGGAGAAGUUAAAACAGGUGCUGGACCACCAAGACACAUGCCCCCCUACCUCUCCAGGGAUUAUGGGUCUGAAGAACGCUCUGUCCUCGGCUAUAGCCCAGAACUCUGAACUGAGAGAGCGGCUGAGCAACAUUCACGCUGAGUCCAGCUGCGUCCCAGAACCCUCCACUGGGCUCAUAAACCUCUCUGGUCCCCUACAGCAAGACUCCACCGAUGGAUCCCACCCCCUAGUUCACCAGGCGUCCAAUGAGAGCAGAGCGUCCAUCACAGAGUCUCUGUCAGAGUUCUUCGAUGCUCAGGAGGUUCUACUGUCUGCCAGCUCCUCAGAAAACGAGGCCUCUGAUGAUGACUCAUACAUCAGUGACAACGUCAGUGACAACAUCUCCAUGGACAACUUCAGCAACGAGACGGAGAGACCUAACUCGGGCUGUGAAGAGAACGGGGCCCUUCUGAGAAGACGCAGGUCGUGCCUCCCGUCGGCCAGCCCGAACACCAGUAACAUCAGUCUAUGGAACAUCCUUAAGAACAACAUAGGGAAAGACCUCUCCAAGGUGGCUAUGCCUGUUCAGCUGAACGAGCCCCUCAACACCCUGCAGAGACUGUGUGAGGAGCUGGAGUACAGCGAGCUGCUGGACAGAGCUGCUAACACACAGGACCCCUUUGAACGCAUGGUGUACAUAGCCACGUUUGCAGUGUCGGGGUACGCGUCCAGCUACCACCGAGCGGGAGGGAAGCCCUUCAACCCGGUCCUGGGGGAGACCUAUGAGUGUGACCGCCCCGACAAGGGCCUCCGAUUUGUAGCAGAACAGGUCAGCCAUCACCCACCUAUAUCAGCAUGCCACGCUGACUCUAAAAACUACAUAUUCUGGCAAGGUAAGUCAACACCAUGGUCCUCUACAAACUAUUACCCU